CUCGCCCCUGCUUAUUAGUGCUGGAAACCCCGAGCGCGCGGACCUGCCAACGCCCGGCGCAGAGACGCAGUAAGGAUACGAACUUGAAUGAGAACAGUGGAUUUGUAAAAGCACAGCUAUGCAGACGAUCAAGUGCGUUGUUGUUGGCGAUGGUGCAGUUGGUAAAACCUGUCUAUUAAUCUCCUAUACAACUAAUAAAUUCCCCUCUGAAUAUGUACCAACGGUUUUUGAUAACUAUGCAGUUACGGUUAUGAUUGGUGGUGAGCCGUACACCCUUGGGCUCUUUGAUACUGCAGGUCAGGAAGAUUACGAUAGAUUACGACCCCUGAGCUACCCUCAGACAGAUGUUUUCUUAGUCUGUUUCUCAGUUGUUUCACCAUCUUCGUUUGAAAACGUCAAAGAAAAGUGGGUACCUGAGAUUACUCACCACUGUCCAAAGACCCCCUUUCUGCUGGUGGGGACGCAGAUUGAUCUGAGGGAUGAUCCCUCUACCAUUGAGAAGCUUGCCAAGAACAAACAAAAACCCAUCACCCCGGAGACAGCAGAGAAGCUGGCCCGCGAUCUGAAGGCCGUCAAAUAUGUGGAGUGCUCCGCUCUGACGCAGAAAGGACUAAAGAACGUAUUUGAUGAGGCGAUUUUGGCAGCCCUGGAGCCCCCUGAGCCCAAGAAGAAGCGCAAAUGCGUGCUGCUAUGAGCUCCCUUCUAUUCCCAUCUACCCCCUCCCUGUCUCCCUUCUUUGCUCUAAGGCUGGUCCACAGCUUUACACACUAAAAGCAAUGUGUAAAAGAAGUGAGUUUCAAUAUUUUGCUCUGCAAUAAAGAUAUAAAGAGAACCCACCAUACACAUGCACAUAUACGUAUACAAAUACACAACCCACAAGCCCAUUAAUGUAAAAACCUAGAGGGUCUUUUUUAGUUUCGAUUCCAGCAGUCUUACAACUUUACUUCAUGGUGAGUUUCAGUAGUAAUGCUGCCUUGAUUUGCCAGCUGAGUUUUUGUCAUUUAAUUGGGUGAAUUUGAUAGUAAUGCUAGUUGCUGUAGUCUUACUGGGUUCAGGUCGCAUUUGUUUCCAUUGCGUUUCCAAACAGCCAUUGGUCUGACGUCACUAGCCCAAAAAAAUUAAAGUGCUGAAUUACCAUAUUUUGAGUUGUGCACUCAAGCUGUCUGUAAUCCCUGCCCCACCCUUGAACAAAAUCACCUGAAGUGCUUAGAAAUAAUAGAUCAGUUUUCUUUGCCAAUAUUCCCAUUUAAUAGGCAUUUGAAAUAAUAGCCCAGUGAAUGGUUUUCCAUGAUAAUGGAAAUGUGAUAAUUUUGACUCCUCAAAAAUUGGUUUGUCUCAAGCAGGGAACUUUCUAACAGUGUUAGCAGAACAAGUGGAGUGUUCUAUUGUGUUGCUAGGGACCAUGGAAGCUCAUUUCCAGAACUUAUGAUGCAUGUAUGUAAGCCUCCAGGUUCCUUUGGAUAUGUUAACAUUAUACGUAAUAAUGUAAGCUGACAAAUGUUGUUGUAAGCUCCAGUUGUUUUUACCAAAUGUUUAUUUUUUCUGUCAUUGUGAUUUUUUUUUUUUUUUUUUUUUUUUUUUUCAAAUUUUUGUUUUCUUUUAAGGUUAAUUUCACUCCUAAUGUUUAGGGACUGAAUCCCAGCCAUUCUCUGAUCCACCUGUAUAUUUAAGGAAGAAAAAACUAGAAAUCCACUGAAAGUGUAUGUAGUACUGCAAACAUGCGUUUAAACCUCAGCACAACCAAGUUUAAUUGUGCAAUGCAGACAGAUCGAAGUUCAUUUGGUUUCCAGUCUCCAACCCCCCGCCCCCCAUUUUAUUGUUAGUUUUAUUUUAUUAUUAUUAUUAUUUUUUUUUUUGUGUGUGUAAACCAGUUGCUCUGUAUGAAGUCUCUCCUUUGUACUGUAUAUGCAUUCUUUUGAGAAAAAAAAAAAAAAAAAAAAUUAAACUUGUACCUUAAUUGCCUUUA